AUACCCUAUUAAAAAAAAUAUCAAAACAACAAAAUCGUGUAGUAAAUUUUCAUGUCCUUCGUUUAUUUUAUUGAAUUUUCUCACUUAUUAAAAUUAAAUUAGUGCAGUUGUAUGCAAUUUAUAAUAUAGUAUUGCUUUAUCUCUGGUAUUGCUAUGGAUUCGGAGCAACCUUCAAGUACAAUUCUAUGCUAUCCUACGGAUUCAAAGGGCUAUUCCAAUGUUGAAGUGCUUAAUGUUAAUAAUGUGGACUCCGCCGGAGGAGUAGUGUUAAAUGAUGAAAAACUGUUGGAGUUAAUACAAUUAUAUCCAUUUUUAUACAAUCCUCGUGUGCGUCCGUUCCAAGAUCCGGACUAUGACGAUUGGGCAUGGAGUCGCAUUACAUCUGCAUUUAAUGUUAGUUACACAGGAUUCCUACCAGCAGUCUAUUUUAACAAGGAAGACUUACAACGUCGCUGGAACAAAUUGCAACCUAUUAUAAAGAAAAUGGCCAAAAUGUUGGAUUUAACCGCUAUACCGGAGCCAUUACGUCAAAUAAUAGUGAAAAUAAGUGUACAACUGGAAGAUCAAAUUACAGAUGUGCGUGUGAAUAAUUUAUCAAGUGCUCAACAAGUAAUAUACGAUAAUAUGAAAAUGGUAGCACAGUUACCACUAAAUAGACGUCUGCAAUUGGAAGCUGAAAUGAUGGACCUAAUAUUAAACGCCGAACUGGAAUCAAAAGCUACAAUAAAAUUAACAUACUCCCAUUUAAAGAAUAUUGAUGAUGAAUAUGAAGAAUUGCUUAAUUUGAUGGAUCUGAAAGAGCUAAUAGUAUUAAAAUCCACUGCUACAACAUUCAUUAACGAAACAGCAGAUAAUUCACAGGAGCAAAAAGUAACUAGUACAACCACCACGAAUGGAACAUAUGAAAUUUGUAGCGAUAGCAGUUCGGAUACAAAAUAUGAAUCGUUGAACACCAUAGAUUUCGAAGCUGAAAUGGGCAGUGGCUCUCAAAUAAAUAAAUCUACUGGUAAAAUUAAGAAAGAGUGUACAUAUAUUGAAUCACAAGAAAAUAUUGUAGUGCCAACAGUAAAUUGUACACCAAAGGCACAAUGGGUGCCAUUAAAGGAUGCUUCUAAACAUGUAAGACGUUGUAUUAUAAGAUUGAAAAGAACAAAUAUGGAGGAUUACAUACCACUAUCACGUAUAAAACGGAAACGCAGAAGCAACUAAUUUCACAUUGAAAUCAUGUGAAGCUUAUAGAAAGCAGUAGCAUGUAGAUAUUAGGUGUUAAAUAAUAUAAAUUGAUAAUUUUAAGGAAUGCGUAAUUAUUCAUAAUGAUACACAAACAACUGAUAAAUAAAUAAAAGUUUUUGUAUCGUCUUUUGGAUUUAUCUUUAUUUUCAUUCGAUUUUCUGAAAUUACGUCUGCUUAAUUGUAAGUUAAUUAAUUCUCUUUUUCGUGUAAAUGGUACAUAAAAAAGAGAAGAUUAAAAACAAGAAGGAAAUGCACACACGAGUACAGUUUUUAAUAUCAAAAUUUCAUAUCAAAAUUACAAAAUAGUGUGGCGGCAGCGAUUUCUCAGUGACAACAUAAAAUACAUUAGCAGUAAUUAAAAAAUGCGUACCAUUCAAAAUACAUACAUCUUUGGGGAACACAUAUAACUCAGAGCAAAGAAAAAAAAUGUAUAAACAUAUAUCGUAUAUUAAUAGUUAAUAAACAAAGACAUUCUAUAUACACAAAAAAUUGUGUAAUGAAUGAAAUUUAAUUGUAAAAUGCGAAAAAUAGCAACUCGGAGUUGAUUUACAUUCGAAUAUAUGCUAUGCAUACAUAUAUAUAUGUUCGUAUGUACAUAUGUACUUAAAGUUAAAAAAAAAUUAAAGCAAUGGCCAGUCUGACGACGUUGCACUUAUAAGAGCUCUUUAAAUGAAACACAUCAUAUCUUUAUUGUAGCUUUGUUCUAAGCAGCGUAGUUGGUUAAUUUUGAAAAUUGUUUUUUUUUUUUUAAUUCACGGGUUAUCGUACGAUAUAAGCAGGAAGUGGAGUUUCUUUAUGGAGUUAUUACAUGUGCAGUUACAAGCAAUCAAUUUACAGUGAAAACUGUAACUAAACAAAACUACAACCAUGUAAUCUUUACAGUUAUUUAAAAUUUACUUUUGUGAAAAUAAAAUUUGUUUUAACAAAUUAUUUAACUACCGUACGAUAACCGCCUUUUGAAUUUUAACAAAGCAAUCAAAAAAAUAAUGAUUGCUUGAAUACACAACGUAUAUAAAUUUUUCUAACAAACAGCAAGGACACAAUAGCCUGAUACAACCGAUUAUGGCAGACAUUUGCUUUCACAUUUCCUUAAAAAUAUUGAAAUAUUACAAAAAAGUAUUAAAUUAAAUUAAUAACAGAUUUGGUAAAAUUAAUUGUGUGUUUCUAUGUGUGUGUAUGUAUGUAUGUAUGUUUGCGUACACUUAAUUUACGUCGCAUGUUCAAGUUCGAUUCAACACUUCAGAAUAAAGUUCCAAUAAACGUUCCAAUACUUAUGCCGGUACCUUCGCGCAAUUUUAGGCCCACUCCUUUGCCAUAAG